GAAGAUUCCCAGUUUGAAUUCCAGUUGAGGAUUUUUGUGUGGAGUUUGUAUGUUCUCCCUGAACUUGUGCGGAUUUUGCUUGAGUUUUCCCAUUUUUUCUAACCAUCCAAAACCGUGUGUUAACUGGUGAUGUUAACGUGAGAUUGCAUGUGCAUGGUUGUUUGCCCUUUUUGUGUAUGCAUUAGCCUUAUUCCCCACCUCUAACCCAAAAGAAAGCUGAAAUAGAGUUGUCCCAAGCAUGACAUGUAUUUCAAUUUGGUGAAAUCAAACAGUAUGUGACACCAAAGAUGCGUUUUAUACACCCAUUUAAUGGCUACUGGACAAUCUAGUAAAUAGGAUCAAAGGGAUCUCAUUAAAUCUCAGUGUCAUCUAAGAUUUGUGUAGUCAGUAGAAAAAACUGUAAAUUAAACUUUAAUACAUUGAUCAUAUUUGUAUUAUAUGCCUAUGCUUGUUCCUAAAAUGGUAGUAUAUACAUAAAUUUCCUCACUUUGAGCAACAGAGCUCCCUUCAUCCAAAAAAUAUUCCUUAAUUAGUGUUUUAAUAAAAGCAGAGGAGACUAGAAUAUCAUACCAUCUGUCUAAUAUCACCUCUUACUUGUUAAAUUAACAGCAAAGCAGAGGGUUCGGUUUUUUCCUGAUGUGUUAUUCCUCAGUGAAAAAAGAGAGACGUUCAUGUGGCUCAAAGGCCUUUCAGGACCUCCUGAGUGUGUCAACAAGUUGUAUUAUUCUUUAUGUCCACAAGGGGGAGGUAUUUGUCCAUCAUGUGCAUAUUGAAUUUUGUUUUUUAAAAUGGAAUUGCCUACCUUUGAUGUCUUGAAAUGCAUAUUCUGUUGUGGUUAAAUGCUUAUAUUUAACUGUUUAAUAUACGUUGUGUGGGCAUGCUGCAAAACUUUAAUUUCCUUGAAACUACUUUCAGGCGUGAUCAAGAAUUUCUGCACAUGCUUCAACUGGAGCAAAUAAAAAAAAUCGCACGAUAAAAGACUCAUCCUGCCAUGUGGUGUUACUCAGAUGAACUUAAGAGCAUGCACAGACAGCAGUCGCUAUCUGUAAGAGCUUGAAUGGGUAAGAUUAAUACCAGAUGUUCAUUGGGAAGCAGUUGCCAGGAGGAGGGCCAUUUGGUCUGUGGGAGGAGCUUAGUCUCUAUACACCCAAUUUAUUCUCACAGGUAGUUAAAAAACUGAACAGGUCAGGAAGAGCUGCAGCGAAACAAACUAAGCUUUCGUAGAAAAAGGAGGACGUUGUUUUUGAGCUCGUUGCCUCUGUGGAUACAGCCGGACUGCGCUCAUCAGCAUGCUGAGCAGGAAGGGCUCCUGUGCGGGGAUGAUGAGCGCUGCAGCAGCCGGAGUGGACCGCAGCAGGGUCGGGGAGAGGCUGCAGGCUGCUCUGGCAGGGUUGCAGGAGUUGCAUCUGCUGAAGGACAGGCAGAGCGACAUGGUGAGCUGGGCGCUUAGGAUGGACCGAGAGGAGCCGAUCACGUCGCCCCACGCAGACCGGGAGGGUGCGAUGAUGAUGGGGGCUGAGGAGCAGCGGCUGGAGGCGACCCUAACCGCCCUGAAGCAACAGCUGUCUCGUCUUCGGAAACAGGAUGUAGGUCUGAAGACUCAUUUGCAGCAGCUGGACCAACAGAUCAACGAGCUGAAGCUGGAUGUGAACAAGGCCUCCACAGAGCAGAUGGAGAGUGACAGCAGACCUAGUUCAGGUUUUUAUGAGCUUAGUGAUGGUGGCUCUUGCUCCCGGUCCAACUCCUGCACCUCUGUCUACAGUGAGUGUCUGUCCUCGUCUCAGACAAGCCUCAUUCCCAUGAGCCCUGCUAAUUGUCACAUUAGCUCUCCGCCACAAGUUGAUGUAUGCCGCAGGCGCUCUGCUGAUGAGAAUACAACCCAGCCCAACCCUUCGCGGGCCACAGGCCUCCAUCUGGGCAGCAGCAGGAUCCGAGCAAGCGCUACAGGCGCAGAACAGACACGGCCAAGACCUGUGUCCACAGGGGACCUUGACAGAAUGAUGGCACAAGGGUUGGGCUACUUAAAAACCAUGGAUGCCAAGAAACCCCCAUUGUGCCCAAACCUGAAGACCUCCCUUAUGGAACCCAGGUUCCAGCGCAAUCUGGAGUCUCGCAGUGGGACUGAAGUGUACCAUUACCCCAGCCCUUUGCAUGCUGUGGCUCUCCAGAGCCCAAUCUUUUUUUGUGGGGGUGAAGCUGACACACCUGGAAUCCUAAAAAGCCAAGGAGCCCCAGUUAACGAUGAUGAAGCAAUCCAAAUGGGAUAUGGGGCAAAAACUUUGGGUUAUAUUGACAAGAUCCUGCAGCGCAGCUGGAGCAAAAUCCAAAGUGACACAGGAACAGAGGUUAAGGAGUUACAAAACAGCUAUCAGAGAAAGCCCACUGAAAACAUAAAUGUGUCUAUGCUGCAGCCUCCUUCAGCCAAAAUCAAAAACAUCGUCCAACUAGACAGUGACCAGAAGAGAGAGUCCAUGGCAUGCUCCAGUCAAGAGGCAACUGAUAACACAAGCCAUAAACAACCUGUGAGAGCCCUAGAUGUUCCUUACUGGUACUCUUAUCCUGUUGCCAUGAAGGAGUACAGCUCUGAUGAGGUCACCUGUUAUUCCUUAAAAAAGAAUGAUAAUCCCAAAGGACAAAAUGCUAGAAUAGCAAGAAACCAUUCUGACAAAAAAUGUGGAAAUAAUCCAGAGUCAAGACCCCAAGAAAGGAAGGGUCACCGACAGAGACCAGUGAUGGGUCACAGCUCCAGCACAGAGGAGAGUCAAGGAUUUGAAGUUCACAGUGGUCACAUGGGUUCACCUGAGUUUGUCCAUGCAAAAUUUGUCCCUGCUGGCGCUCAGAAGGUCAAGGUGAGACAAGCAGAUCGUAAAACCAAAGCUGUAAAGUUGAAAAGAAAAAGCAGCGAGAAGCCUCGAGCAAUGAGGCAACAACAUGGCAUCUCCUCAGGGGAAAGGAUCAGGGAGAUCAACACUGGAGCAAAGGGAGAGCAGAAAAGAUCAGCAAAAGGAAGAGUGACCGAACGAGUUAACUCCUGUCAAACAGUGGAGCGCAGACCAUGCUCAGGCUCCGAGUCCUGUCUCCAAAGUCCGGGAUUCACAGCCACCCACAAGGUCCACCCUAAACCACAUCCCAUCCCUGCUGGUGCAAAGUUCAGCAAAGGCCGUCGGCUGCAGUGCUCUGAGUAUGAGCAGCCUGUAGAGCAGAGGAAGAGGAGGCAGACGACUGCCAAAUGGACAUCCGAUGUGGACAUGUUCCAGGCCCCAUGUGCUCAGCAUCAGAGGUCAAAAGAGCCCCAUGCUCAGACAGCAGGGAGUGUGCAGAUGGUUCGUUGUAUAAGUGCCAAGUCAGGCCAGUGGAUGGGACCUCCACGCCCUUUUCAGGCCUCCAUGUCCUCUAACUCUUUCUUCCAAAAUCUUAAUGCCAGAUAUCCUCCAACACCCUUUAAUGUGUCCUGUCACUACCCACCCAGAUGUGAGUCUGAGUAUUCAGCUGAGUGUGCCUCACUAUUUCAUUCCACCAUUGCUGAAAGCAGUGAAGGGGAGAUGAGCGAUAACACCACCAACCGCUUCGGAGAUAGCGAGUCCAGCCAGAGCUUCCAGUCCGUCUCAGACUCUGACAGCAGCCUGUCCCUGGAUGAGGGUGACCAGGUGGACAUCCAUGAGGAAGACAUAGGUUUGGUGUGGGCUGAGGCUGCGUUUGGGCCCACUGCUGCUGGACAGCCCCUCAAGCAGCUCCCACCCCGCCCCGAGCCGUCAGCCUGCCGCAUCAAAGCUUCCCGAGCCCUGAAGAAGAAGAUUCGACGGUUCCAGCCUGCCUCCCUGAAGGUCAUGACCCUGGUGUAGACAGUUUUCCCCCAGGCAGAAUAAGAACUCCUGGGAAAACCCCCACAGAGCUGUGGGAACUGUUUCAAAAUUGUUUAGAUAGAUCUCAUAUGGUCUCAGAACAACACCCCUAAUCCAAGUUGGACUGCAUUUGUGCACUGUUUUGUUUUUAUAAGGAAAAAGAAAAAAAAUAUACAAUAAAACCUUAAAUAAUACAUAUAAUGACUGUAUAAAAACUAUAAUUACACUUUAACUUCAUGUUAUUCUUAUAUUACUUAAAAGUUUUUCAUAGCAUGUGGUUUAAUUAGAUGAUUUCAUUUAAAACUCUUCUAUAAAUCUUAACAUUUCCUAUUGCAAAUAAUUGUUCAUUAUCUAUUGUGCUUUUUUCUCUCAUUUACUGUAAGUAUUCUUUGUUGAC